UGCAGUUUGAAACUGUCAGGUUGCUGCUAAGGAAGCUGCUGAGUUAGCUGUUGUUUCAGCGGCUAACGCGGCGAGAGGACACUGAAGGAGAAGUUCAGGUUUGCGGAGAGCAGCGGCAGUGGGUAGCGGCGCCCCGGGCGGACCCCGCGCCCCUGGAGGAGGCCUCGGCCGAGGUUGCGGCUCCCGGGGAUCGAACAGGACAGGGCUGGGGGCGUCUGCCCCAGCCGCAGGCCCUUCAGCUGUGAUGCGGAGCGGCAAAGUCGAGAUGUUUUUCCUUGCAAGGUGUUCAGGAAGAGAGAUCCAAGAGUGAGGCUGCUUCUCCCCUGUGCCUUUACUCUCCACUCCGACGUGGGGAAGGACCUUCGCACCCUCUCUGCCUGCCUCCAGUUAGGACUGGUCGAGGACUCAGGGACGUCACCCUGCUGCCAGCUCUCAAGUUAAUUCACUGUUCCUCUGCCUCUUGGGAGUUAAUUUGAAUUCCCGGACCCCCGCCUCUCCCAGCUGCCAGUAUUUGUACAGAAUGUCAUCUGAUGAGGAAAGAGGCUCACCUCCGGUUUUACGUAAUGACUCCGACCGAGGCAGUUCUGUCUCUUCAGAUCUUCAGGAAGAGUAUGAAGAACUGCUUCGUUAUGCUGUAGUGACUCCAACUAUUGAAUCAAGUGCUUUACAGCCCUCUCAUUCUAAGGGAGAAGUGGUGCCAGAUACUAGAAUUCCUACUGUAAUUGAUGAUAUUCUUCAAAAUCAAGCAGAAAAUAGUCCUGCAGUAAGAGAAACAAGGAUGGAAGUUGGAAAAGGAUGUGAUUUAAAUAUUUCAGGUCAUUCAAAGACUGAUGGCUCAUCACCAGUGUCAUCUCCCAGGAAGCCACCUCACCCAGUCAUGGAUUUUUUCAGUACAAAUCUUUUAGUUGACUCUUCCUCACCAGGGUCUCAUUCUAGUCCUAUAGAUGCCCAUGAAAUUGUUGUGAGCGAUUUUCUUAUUUCUGAUGAAAACCUUCAAAAGAUGGAAAACGUGCUUGAUCUUUGGAGUUCAGGGCUUAAGACAAACAUCAUAUCUGAACUAAGUAAAUGGAGACUUAAUUUUAUUGACUGGCACCGAAUGGAAAUGAAAAAAGAGAAAGAAAAACAUGCAGCAGAGGUGAAACAACUGAGCAACCAGAUCAACAGCUUGAAGGAGCUGCAGAAAGCCUAUGAAGUUUCCAUUGGGAGAAAAGAUGAGGUGAUUUCUAGCUUGUCUCAUGCCAUAGGCAAGCAAAAGGAACGGAUAGAGUUGAUGAGAACAUUCUUUCACUGGCGAAUCGGCCACGUCAAAUCCAGACAAGAUGUUUAUGAAAGUAAACUAGCCGACCAGUACUUCCAGAGGACUUUACUGAAGAAAGUCUGGAGAGGCUGGCGGUCCCUAGUGCAAAAGCAGUGGAAAGAAGUGGUGGAACGAGCUUGUCAAGCAAGAGCUGAGGAAAUUUGUCUCCAGAUUUCCAAUGAUUAUGAAGCCAAAAUUGCUGUGUUAACUGGAACUUUGGAAAAUGCAAAAGCUGAGAUCCAAAGGAUGCAGCAUGAAAAGGAGCACUUUGAAGAUUCCAUGAAGAAAGCUUUCAUGAGGGGUGUAUGUGCGUUAAAUCUAGAAGCCAUGACUAUAUUUCAAAACAGAGGUGAGACAGGAACAGACUUCACAAAUAAUAAAAGGGAAGAAUACGGUCCUGGUGUUCAAGGAAAAGAACAUUCUGCUCAUCUGGAUGCUUCGGGUCCUCCAGUGCCCUCAGUGGUGCCGCCAUCCCCACCCACAGUGGCCAUGGGAGUGCCCAGCGCUGCUGCCUUUCCCUCUGCUGCUUCCAUCACUUCCACUGGGGCCGCUUCUGCUUCUUCUGUCCAUCUUCCUGUUUCCGCUGCUCAUGGCGCUGGAUCGACAGCCACGGCUGCUGCUGCACCAGAAGAAAUGUUUGUGCCCAGGGUUGUGACGUCUGCACAACAGAAAGCUGGGAGAACAAUCACAGCCCGGAUCACAGGGAGAUGUGAUUUUGCUUCAAAAAACAGAAUCAGUAGCAGUUUAGCUAUAAUGGGCGUUUCUCCUCCCAUGAGCUCCGUUGUUGUGGAAAAACAUCAUCCGGUCACAGUGCAAACCAUUCCUCAAGCUACUGCAGCAAAAUAUCCCCGGACCAUCCACCCUGAAAGUAGUACCUCGGUUUCCAGGUCUCUAGGAACCAGAUCAACUCACACGCCAUCUCUCACAAGCAUUCAUUCCAUAAAAGUGGUUGACUAAAAAGAAUGUUCAUACUGAGGUCUUUUAAUUCUUCUGGUUUUAACCAAGAAUUACAAGUCUUUAGUUUUUAAAAUUUCAUAUUCUUAGAACACCAUGGAUGCGUCAUGUUCAUUUUUUCAAAAUGACAAGAGACUUUUUCAAGCUGUACUAUCCUUUGUAACUGUAUGUAGGGUUAUUUUAAUUUUAUUUUUUAUUUAAGCAACUAAGUAAAACUUUCUUAAAUUAAAAAA